AUGGGCAAAAGCAGUUUGGAGACAAGUGAUUCACUUUUCUAUAAGCCCGUGAUAGCCGGGUCGCUAUCAGGAAUGGCAGUGAGAUUUGUGAUAUCUCCUCUUGAUGUGGUAAAAAUUCGCUUGCAGUUGGAAAGAAACAUGAAGAACAAUCAAAGUACCACGGCCACCAAUGUCAUUAAAUCCAUUUUGAGAAAAGAAGGGGCUCUCGCCUUCUGGAAAGGGAACUUACCCGCGGAAAUCAUGUACUUAUUGUAUGGUGGUACUCAGUUUAGUGCCUAUUCAUUCGUUAAGAAUACUGCGAUGAAGGACUCCGGGAUUCCCAAAGAUUUCCAAAGUCUCAUAUGUGGGGGGUUAAGUGGUUGUACUGCCACCAUAGUCAGCUACCCAUUUGAUACUCUAAGAACCAGGUUAGCAGCAGACAAGCAUAAAGGGUUCAAUCACAUCUUAAAAGUCAUUGAUGACAUCAGAACUAAAGAAUCGGCGCGCGGAUUUUAUCAAGGUUUGAAGCCGACAAUCUAUCAAGUGUUCAUUCUUACUGGGUUAUCAUUUUGGACGUAUAAUCGACUCCGAGAGUUCCAACAAGAGUACGAGAAAAUCAAUGAUAAAGAUUCUAUGAUCAUUCCUAUUAGUGGGUUUAUUGCUGGAUGCUUCUCGAAAGCUGCAGUUUUCCCUUUGGAUUCAGUGAAAAGGAGAUUACAAGUCAGAGGAAGUAGUAGCUUAACCAAGCAAAAUGAAUAUCGACAUCUAGCAGCCCAGAAAGAUGUCUAUAAUUCUAAAAACAUCUGGAAGAUUUGGACCAGGAUUGUACAAACUGAGGGGUUGAUUGGCCUUUACAGAGGCUGUGGGAUCGCCAUAAUCAAAAGCGGGCCAGCAAGCUCCCUCAGUUUUACGUUCUACGAGUUUUUCAUGAGAUAUUUGACCUGA